UUCAACCUCAAAACCCUCCCUCCCUUCCUCCCUCCCUCCCUCCCUCCCCUCUUCUCUUCUCUCCGUCCAGUGUCGUUGCGAAGAUGUCGACGACGGCGUUGAAAUCCUUGUUGACGACCAAUUCGUCCUUGUUCGCAAGCCCUUCUCGCUCCAUCUCCGCCUUGGGCAGCCCUCGCCUGUACCUGCCAGUCGCUUCCAACCACCUCAGCCUUCGCCUCUCUCGCUCUCGCUCCGCGCUCGCUCCGGCCUCCUUCGAGCCCCACCACCGUUCCGUCGUCUCGUUCGUCGCGCGCACGGCUGGCUGGGCCGCCGAGCAGGAAGAACAAGAGCAUAGCGAACUCGAGGGAGAGGGCGCGGGUGUUGAGGCCAGCGAGGCCGAGGGAGAUGGCGGUGAAGAUGGGACUUUCGAGGGAUCUUUUGUCGAGCCGCCUGAGGAGGCGAAGAUAUUUGUUGGGAAUUUGUCUUUUGAUAUUGACAGUGAGAAAUUGGCCAUGUUGUUUGAGCGAGCUGGAACUGUUGAGAUUGCUGAGGUUAUCUAUAACAGGCAGACUGAUCAGAGUCGUGGGUUCGGGUUCGUGACAAUGAGUACGGUGGAAGAAGCAGAAAAGGCUGUGGAAAUGCUUCAUCACUUUGAUUUAAAUGGUAGACUUCUAACCGUCAAUAAGGCUUCCCCAAAAGGAUCACGAGCGGAGCGCCUCCCUCGCGCUCUUGAUGUUGAAUAUAGAUUGUAUGCUGGGAACCUGCCAUGGAGUGUGGAUGAUGCUCGUCUGGAGCAAAUUUUCAGUGAAUAUGGUAAGGUGGUAAAUGCACGGGUUGUUUAUGACAGGGAAACUGGCCGUUCUCGUGGUUUUGGUUUUGUGCUGAUGGCAUCUGAGACUGAGAUGAAUGACGCUAUUGCCGCUCUUGACAGACAGAGCUUGGAUGGGAGAACCAUCAGGGUAAAUGUCGCAGAGGCAAGACCGAGACGCAGCUCCUUUUAACUCGAAAGGAGGAGACUAUUUAAGCUUUGUCUGCCUUCUUUCCUUUGUCGAGCCUUUUGAGAUGCCGUCUUUUCCUUGCAUAAUCUCGUCUUUUACUGUUGUCAAAGCAGAGUCUCUGGUGUAAGACAAAGAAACUGUUCGUUCAUAAUAGAAAAGAUGUACAAGGUACUGAAACUGAUGACAGGUACCAGAAAUUAUUUAUCGGAAGAUGAACUAUGGACAGAUGUUCAGGGAUUCUUCCGGUGACGGAGGAUUCAUUUAGUUGCGGAAUGCCGCUUUUCAUUUGUUGGAUGUCGUGGAGACUAUUUCUCUCUAACAGUAAAAGUUCAAUUUUUAUUGCAA